CUUGCCACAAUGGAUUCUAAUGUGUCCUCGCCAACCCAAGAAAGUAAUGAACAUAAGGCUGAAUUUCGCAAGAUUACAAAUGAAGCAGCUAACAGAAAAUAUAGGCGUCACUCUCCUCUUUCUGGAUCUUCUGAUGAAGAAGUGCUGUAUUGCGUGUUGACAUGAUCGGACAUGGGAUAUAACCCGGAUGUGUUUGGGAUUCUUGAGGGGGAGAUAUGACCCUUCAGUGCUGCUCUGUCUGUGGCUGACUGCUGACCUAUCAGUGCCGAUGAAGGUGCCUCAAUUACGACAACUUUGAGAAUAGGUUUGAGUGCUAAAUUCCAAGAUUUGUCAUUCGAGAGCAAAAACUAUGAAACCGGCAGUUGGGACUUUAGGGUAUUUAUUCAAGGGUAUAUUGUAGAACCAUCCACCACCUCUUCGUCAUUGGUUGAUGCUGGCAGCUUGCCUGUUGUCUUCUCCCGCUAGACUUGGGGGAGCCCAAAGCGUGAUCACAUGUCAAGAGGAACGUCAAAAGCUUUCGACCAUGAGAGGAGGAACAAUGAUAAAGCGGAUGACAGAAGCUUCAGUCGUCGUAGCAGUGAUCGACAUUCUUCAAGAGGUAAUAGAUAUGAUGAGCAGUCUAGGUAUGGGAAGCAUGCAGAUGAAGAUGAUAGAAGUCAUGCAAAAUCAUCUGCUCGGUCAGGACGAGAGUCAAGAGGUGGCUCUAACGCUGAUUACAGAGAUCGAGAUAGUGACUAUGGUAGGUCAAGGGACCGCUACAGGGAUGUGGACAAGUAUCCUCGAGAUAAGUCUGAUAGAAACAGAUAUGAUGGGAGGCAUGGAGGUAGAUAUGAUGACCGUGAUCGGCAUUCUAAGGAUAGAGAUCACCACCAAGACGAGAAGAGAGAUUACAGGAGCUCUAGGGAUCAUAGAGGUAAUCGGACAACAUCUAAUGAAUAUUCAACAGGCCACAAAAGUGAUCCCAACUCAAAAUUGGAAAUUCGUGAUAUGAAGGAUUUAGAUGGUUCAAAGUUCAUCAAGGAAAAGAGUAAAAAUGAGGCGCUGGAUAAGCCCGUAGAUAGACAUGACAGAGCAACGGGAAGGUCUGAAGAAAGAUCUGCUUUUGAGAGUGAUGACUUUGCUGCCAAAAGACCUAAGUUCAGCUCGGGCAGUGAUCCAAGGAAAGAUGAAAGGCAAGUGUCAGGUUUCAAGAAAGGUGAAGAUUUUGCAUCUGAAUUAUCACCUGAGCAAGGCCCUGUUUCUGGUGCUGAUUCUGGCACUUGUGUGGAUGCUGCUAAAAUUGCUGCUAUAAGAGCUGCUCAAUUAGUUAAUCAGAACCUUACAAGUACGGGAUUCAUGACCGCUGAUCAGAAGAAAAAGCUGCUAUGGGGAAAGAAGAAGACCACUGUUACAGAAGAGUCUAGUCAUCACUGGGAUACAUCUCUUUUUUCUGAUCGUGAGCGACAAGAGAAGUUCAACAAACUCAUGAGUCUGAGGUUGCCUUGGUACAUAUGGCCGAUUGUAGGGUGUGAAGGGCGAAGUAAAAGUGGACACAAAACUGCCGAGCAGCGAAGAUGCAGAGAAGCAGAGAGAACUUCAGCUGGAUUUGGAGAAGCAAUAUACUGCUGGCCUUCGCCGAAGAGAUGGUCGCACUGUAGGAUUAGGCCUGUAAAGUUUUACUUGAAUGGUCCUCUUACAGCUGAGACAUUAUCUUGCUGUAUGAUACAUUUCCUUUGUAUGAGAAUUUUGGUGAGUGUAGUGUUGUACCCCUUGAAGGCUAUGAGAAACUCUAGAUUUAAUUUAGCUAUUGCUUAUUGCUAUUGCUAUUGCUAUUGCUAUUGCUAUUGCUUUUGUUGCUUUCUUCUUACCACACCUUACAGUGGGACAUAUGUACUUAAUAACGUAGUUUAUUCUAGAUUGACGAAGUAGCAAUUUGGAAGAGGGUGAGACAUAAGAUGAGGCAAUGAAUGCUAAAGGAUUAUAUUUCCUAGUGUUUGAAAGCCCAUCUCUACUGCUUGUAUUUAUUUCUUAAUGUUGGGCUUUGGGAUCUAUGGCCCGUUUCUCUUUCUUUCCUUUUCUAGGUUUUCUUUUACUCUUGUAUAUAUAUUACUCACUUUUCUACUGAUAGAGUUAGGUUGUAAAUCAUAUAAUAUCAUUAUCAAUAUACAAGUUCAUGAAUCUUUGAGAUCAA